ACCAUCUUCUCAAAUUGUUGAUUAUGUUUUGCAGUUAAAUUACUUAAUUUGGAUCAUAUGUUCAUCAAAUUUAAGUGCAGAACUCCCCAUCGAAUUAAAAUUCUCCCAUCAGACAAGAUGCCCAAGAUGAAGAAUAAUAAUUACUCAGAUUCAUCUUCAACCCAGAAAUCAGAAGCAGGGAUGAAAUAAAUUGUGCCCAGUAAUUUUGUAGCCUAUUCAAUCUGAAAUGAGCAGCAAACCUGCUUGGCCUUUUUCCCGACUGUUAUGACCUAAUCGGUUAACAGUGUGACUCACAAGCCAAAUCAGCUUAGCUCUCCAAAAUUUAGUUACUGUUUCAAUUUGAUUGGAAUAAUAAAUAGGACGCAGUUGUCUACGGUUAAGCACUAACAAAAAUGUAAUCACUAAAUGGUGCGCAUCUUGGAAAGCAUGGUUCCUUUAUGUGCAUAAUCCGCAAGGAUUAUGGGGGAUUACAAACCGUUGGAUAACAUUAUAAUGUUAGUUGGAAAAGGUUCCCUCCGCUCUUUUUUCUCGGAGAGUGGGAUGAUGAUUGUUGGAAUUUGUACUUCUUUUUCUGAAUAAUAAGAUCGGCUUUGUAUAUAUAUAUAAUUGCAUUGGGUUGAUCGGCUCCGAGGGUUUUUAUCAAAAAUAAUACAAAUUGGGAAUUAAUGAGUGGAGGAAGGCCCCCCGAGCCCUUGGAUUUCAUCAUCUGGAACACUGAGGAUGUUGGUGUAUGGCUUGAUGAGAUUGGCCUUGGUGUCUACAAGCAGAUUUUCAAAGAAAAUGGCAUUAAUGGAGAGUACUUGGAUAACUUGUCAACGUUUACCACAGAGCAGAUCUUGCGGUUUAUUAGACGGUGUCACAUGAAAUGGGGAGAUUUCAUUGUUUUGUGCAAAGAACUCCGAAAUAUUAAAGUGGCGUGCUUGAAAGGGGAGCAAGAAGUUCGAAGACCAUGGUGGGUUCCAUCAUGUCUGUCAUCUGUCUUUGUUAAGGUUUCUAAGCACAAUCGGCAGUCUCGAGUUGCAUCCUUGAAGUUCGAUCCUUGACGUAGACAAUUUAAGGGAUUUUGCAUGUAUUCAUAAUAAGCAAGACCCAUGUUUCAGAUUUGCUGUCCACCAUGCAAAAAUGGAACUUUGUUUUCUGGGUGUUGCUUGCAACUGUUUCUUAUGAGUUGCUUUUCAUCAAUUAUUAUUAAUUUACUGCCCCUUUCAAAAGAAAAGAAGUCACAUUAUGACAAAUUCAUUGCGUGUUGAUGUAAUAGUGAGGGCCCGAGGUGUAUAUAUUAUUAUAUUCCCUAUCUGAAGAGGGUAACUUCUUUAACGCAAGUGUCUAAGCUCUUUGACUGUGAUAUAUUUCUUGUACUUAAACAACGUUGUAAAUUCUUAAAAAUAUCUCCUUAUAUCUUCGGUGGAA